AUGGCUUCCUCAAAUUUCGGUUUGUUUGGAAGUGGUGGGUUAGGAGCCGCACAACAGCAACAACAACAGCAGCAGCCAGCGAGUAUAUUCUCUCCGAAUAAUCAGUCCAGCAUCUUCGGAAAUACCACUACAACUCAACCUGCUCCAGCCAACUCCAUCUUCGGCUCCCAGCCGCAAGCCUCGCAACAGCCUAGUCAGGCUUCAAUCUUUGGGCAGAGCCAAACGCAGCCAGUGCGGUCUUCUGGCCAAACAACUCAACCUGCAUUCUUCAACAGCUUGCUGGAACGUGGUAAAAAGAGACCAUUGUCCGCCGUUGGUCAGAACAGCAAUUUUGAGGAGUUGCCCAGCCUUCAAUUAGGACUUGAUGACAUCCGGAGGAAGGCGCGAGAGCUCGGCUCGGGAGGACCCAAGGAUUCUCAGCAUGGGCUGAACUCCAAAGCCCACUAUUUACUGGCCGCGUCAGGUGUGUCUCCAGGGCACGCAAUUCGAGAUCUCAAGGCAUUGGAUCCCCAGGCGUCGAUAUCAGCCCCUUCAAAAGAACAGGAUUCUUUCGAUCCGGAUAACCAAAAGUUCUUGAGAAACAUGCAACAGCGUGGCCGGCAGGUGAUGAUCGCUGAAAGUCUCGCUCGAGCCCACAGGGACUUCGACGUAUUCCUGGAAGAAAAGGUAGAUUUGGACUGGGAAGAACAACGCCGGAAGAUAUUUCAGCAUUUUGGGCUCGCGCAGGGCAGUGACAGCAUGGGGGCAACCGCGAAGGGCUUGGGUGGUCGCUCAACGAGGCAGUUCAAGCAGCCUGGUUCUAUUGGCCAGUCGCCAGGCUCGCGCAGGAGUGUCUUUGGUCGAUCUGGUCUAGAGAAGUCCGUCAUCGGUACACCAGGAACUGGAUUUGCUCGGCCUCGGAUUUUUGAAGAUCCCGCCGAACGCAGCGAAGGGCCAGCUGUCCAUGCCCCAGAUCUACGGUUUUUGCGAGAAAAGAUGGGUUACUACGCAGACCGGGUCCAGCUAUUAAACUCUGCCCGACUUCAGGGGCACACUUUCCCCGUACUUCACGAGUUCUCCAGCGUUGAGCAACAUGCUGGCGGUGAUGUCCCUCGGCAAUUAUUUGAUGCAUACCAAGCGCUGAUAUGCAUCGUUAACGAGAGUCCGAAGGUCAUGAGCGCGUCUGAUCCCGGUAGCAUCCAGGAGCGACGAUUCUCUGAAGAUUACCUUGACGAAACACCGAAUUCCCGCAAAGCAAUCAACCUGCGCAAACGAAUAGUUGAAGGCUCGAGAUCAUUCCUUGAGAAGUCAUUUUAUGAUGACGUCGAGAAUGUGAUUGCCAAGAACCCCCGAGAGGCACAGCUUGGUGGUAUACCGAGUGUAAUUAACAAAAUUCGCGCCUAUAUUCGACUUCGGGCUGUCCGAAAAGAUCUAGCACCAGAUGGGACGGAGUUGCAGAUGGUGGGUCAAGAUUAUUGCUGGAUCCUAAUAUUCUACCUCCUUCGGUGUGGAUUUAUCACCGAAGCAGCGGAAUAUGUGAGCCAAGAUCCUGGCUUCCGGUCGUUGGAUCACAAAUUUGUGACAUACAUGACUACCUACGCACAAAAUCGACGGCUUCCGAGAGAUAUGCAGCAGAAGAUCAAUGGCGAGUAUCAACAGCGUUCGCGCAAUGCACCAGACAACACAGUUGAUCCUUAUCGAAUGGCAUGUUACAAGAUCAUUGGGCGCUGCGAACUUAGCCGGAGGCGCUUAGAAGGAAUCAACCAAAGUGUCGAAGAUUGGAUAUGGCUGCAAUUUACCUUGGCUAGAGAGGACGACCGCGCCGAGGAAGUUGCAGGCGAUGUCUUCGGCCUGGAGGAUAUCCAGACCGACAUCACAGAAAUUGGACAACGAGUAUUUGGAAAAGGACAAGAAGGACCAGGUGGCUACGGUACUUUCUUUCUCCUACAGAUCCUAGGUGGAAUGUUUGAACAGGCUGUCUCGUACCUUGGGUCUUAUGUCCCAGUCAGUGCCGUACAUUUCGCAAUUGCGCUUGCCUACUAUGGCCUUCUGCGUGUUUCUGACUUCUAUACAUCCGGUGAAGAGAUUUUGUCGUUUACGGUUAAACAACACCCGCAAAUCAACUUUGGAUAUCUCGUUACGCAGUAUACUCGGGAGUUCCGUACCGGUUUCGUUGAAGCGGCUGUUGACUACUUCUCGCUGCUUUGUCUCAACGCUGAUCUUCCUGGCUCGCUUGGCAAAUCACAGGCGUCAGUGUGUCACGAAGCCUUGCGAGAGUUUAUCUUGGAAACCAGAGAUUUUGCCAAAUUGCUCGGGGAUAUACGGUCUGACGGAACCAGGAUCAAGGGUGUCAUUGAGCAGCGCCUGGGCUUAAUCAAGCUGGUUGAUCAAGAUGAAUUCCUAAAAACCAUAACAAUGCAGGCUGCCGCUGUUGCCGAUGACAAGGGCUUAGUUACAGAUGCUGUUCUCCUGUACCAUCUCGCUGAGGACUAUGACCGCGUCAUUGACAUAAUCAACCGGGCGCUGUCUGACGCAGUGGCCGUUGACUUGGGAGGUUCAAGCCUGAAGCUGCAGCCUCUUCUUCCAAGGACGAAUCCGUUGGAAGAUGGGCAGGAAGUGGUAGAACCGGGAAGUAGUCUCAGCUUGACAGCGGUGGAAGAUCCGGUUGUUUUGGCGAAGAACAUGAUCGGUCUCUAUAACACCAAUGCUCUGUACUACCAACGUAUCCGUCAAGUAAACCGUGACACUUGUGGCUUAUUGCUUCGGAUGAUGGAAGCAAGGGCAGAAGUCGAGGCAGGCAAAUGGACACCAGCUCUUGAUGCUAUUAAUGGAUUGAAUAUUCUUCCGCUACGGGCCAGAAGCUCUGUUUCUUACAUUCGAAGCGCAGCCCAGGCAUUUUCGUCAUUCCCUCCGAUCAUCUCACGCAAUGUUGGACAUGUCAUCAUGUGGAGUAUCGCCUGUAUUGGCCGUGAAAGGGGACGUUUGAACUCCGGAGCAUACGAGAACGAGAUCAGACAAGGAAUGGCUGACGAGCUGUUGGUCAUGGCGAAAGAUCUGAUGAUCUUUUCGGGCAUGGUCAAGUAUAAAUUGCCGCCGAGAGUCUACGAGACUCUUGCUCGUGCUGGGGCGGAAAUUGGUGCAUAUUAG